ACACACAACUGUUCUAAGUAUUUCUGAGAGAUUCCAGGUGCUAAGGAAGCUCCUAGUUGAAGCUGCAAUCAGGGCCAACACAGAGGGCCCCCUGGGCUGUGGGCUGCUAUGGUGCUAACGGCUCUUUUCUCCCCAGCCUUCAUCUGCUGUUGGAGUCCGUACUUCCUCUUCGAUAUCUUGGACAAUUUCAGCCUCCUUCCAAACACUAAGGAGCGUUUCUAUGCCUCUGUGAUCAUUCAGAACCUGCCGGCCUUGAAUAACGCCAUCAACCCCCUCAUCUACUGUGUUUUCAGCAGCUCCAUCUGCUUCCCCUGCGGGGAGCAAAGAUCACGGGAUUCCAGAAUGACAUGUCAGGAGAGAACUGAGAGGCAUGAGAUGCAGAUUCUGUCCAAGCCAGAAUUCAUGUAGACCCUGAGGCAGUGGUAUUGCUAGCCUGAGCCCCAUCGGCUCUCCUGGGUCCCC